UAUUUGUAAGUUAUCAAGCUUAAAAAGUUAUUAACUUUAUAUUAAAAAGUGUACAUAUAAUAGGAUGGCAAAUUUGAUUUUGAAGUUUGUUUUGGUGCACACUUGAAAAUGUGACAUUAAAUAUAAUUCCAAAUUUCUAAUAAAACGCUUAUAAAAAAAGAAUAAUUCAAAUAAGACGAAAUUGAUUUUGUGAAUAGAGAAUUCUUCUCUUCAAAAAAGAAUAAAAAAAAAAAAAUAAGAGCCGAAAAUUAGAAUUUCAGUUACACGAAGACAAGUCAUAGACUCCCGCCAAAUUUAACUGCCUUCCAAACUAGAUGUACCUAAAUACCAUUAGCGUUGCCUCUAAAUUCUAGCCAUAUAUGUCUCCCAAAAUACCUAAUCUGGAACACAUUUUUUUACAUCCGAUUUAACCUCAGAUUUUCUCAUUCAAUCCAAGAAAAUUGAAAAAAAAAAUAAAACAUAUCAAUCCACCUGAAAUCAUAACUAAAUCUCUAUCUAGGUUUUAUGAUUUCCCCAAUUUUUAUAUUGGGGAUUGUUCUUUCACAUGUGAACUCUCCCACCUCCAUUUUAUCAGAUGUCUAAUGAUGUAUUUAAUUAUAUGAAAAAAGAGAAGGAAUGCGCAGAAAAGCUCAAGCUGCUCCAAACAAGUGAUUUAAAGAUGAUCAUCAUAUAAAAUUUUGGUCAAGUUUGCUGCUGUAGCUUGUGCCCUCAAAAAUUUCAUAUCAUGGUCUUAAUAUCAUAUUCCAUUGAUCUCUUGCACUAAGAAUCAGGCUCCAUGAUUGGAUAAGAACCAGCCGUCAAAAAUGUACUUAAUCUUCCAACAGGUUUUUAAUUAGCUUGUGGUUUGGAUCAAAUGGGAUUAAACUUUUCCAAGCAAGAGGCAAUUUUGAAGGAAGAUCUAGGCUUACAACAUCAUGUCAUCAAUUAUCUCAGCAAAAGCCUUUAUAUUCGCAACUUGGUAUCGCGACAACGAAGGAGGAUGCUCGUUGAGGGCUAUGAUCUUGACAUGUCUUACAUUACAGAUCGUCUACUGGCCAUGUCCUUUCCUGCAGAACGCAUGAGAGCCAUGUUUCGCAAUCCCCUUUGGCAAGUCAAGUCUGUUCUUGACAUGAGACAUUAUGAACAUUACAAGAUCUACAACCUUUGUAUAGAAGAAAACUAUGAUCCAUCUCACUUUCAUGGCCGUGUAGAGGCAUUUCCUUUCGAUGAUAACCAUGUUCCUCAGCUUGAAAUGAUCAAGCUUUUCUGUGAAAAUGUGUCUUCUUGGCUUUCAUCUGACCCCAAAAACAUUGCUGUUAUACACUGCAUGGCAGGCAAAGGUAGAACAGGCCUAAUGGUAUGUUCCUACCUAGUUUACAGUGGGAUGUCUGCAGAGGAUGCUCUUCAACUUUAUGCUCAUAAAAGAACAACAAACAAUGAAGGAGUCUCAAUACCAAGCCAGCGUCGUUAUGUGAGUUAUUGGUCAAAUGCACUGUCAUUUCCAAAAGGGGUUGGAAAUGGACCUCCAGUUGUGAGCUUACCUCAGCCAUGUAGCAGAGAAUUGCGCCGAAUUCGACUCUACGACACACUCAACAUGGACUCAGUGUACUUUGUUGUAUCAGAGUUGCAAGAGGUAGCUGGUCAGCUGUACCGUCCAUCAGUAGAAGUUGCUAGGAGCUGCUGCAGACAAAUAAGGAAAGGAUACCAAAGGACUGACAGCCUUAGGUAUUUCCUCAAUUUCAUUGGAAGUGAUGAAGAAGAGAAGCCGCAACAAGAAGAUCAUCCAGAUCUAGUUCUGGACCAAAAGCCUCCUCAAGUUGUCCAAAUGGAUACUGAGAGUCCUGUGCUGUACCAAAAGGCCUGCCUUGAAUGUUAUCUACUAAAACCUGUGCAAGUUACAGGAGAUGUGCGUGUUAUAUUUAAUCAAAAAAUGAAUGGAGGGCGUCUCUUCUAUGUUUGCUUCAAUACAGCUUUCAUUAGGAACAGCCUUCUACAGUUGGGUGUUCGAGAGUUGGAUAAAGUUGGAAGCAAAGGAAGAUCAAUAUGUGGUCCUGCCUUUUGCCUUGAGUUGCUAUUUGGUCCUGCUAAUGCAAAGCAUACAUGCUCAACCUGUCCAUCUGAUGAUGAUGAAAUUGAUAAUCAUGAUAACAACAACAAUGAUGAUUAUGAUGAAUCUGGCAAUGCCUUUGGAAUCUCUGAAGAGACUCUUGAUAGAGAAUUUUAAAAGACAAGAGAAUGAGAGAGAGAGCUGAUUUGGUCUCCAAAUUUGUGAUCUAACUAAGUGGUCUGUCUGUCUGUCUAUAUUCUGAUACUUUAUUAUACACCAAAUUUAACAAUUUAAAACCGAACAUGUAGCUUGAUCAUCAAGUUGUCUUUGAAAGUUUUGUACUGUAGGACUUAGAGCCAUUUUGCAGAAGAUCAUGAGAUAUUCUCAUUUUAAAACUCACUCAAUCUGUUUUUGGGUUCUGAAAUGCAUGUUACAAACAACUAUCUUUAUUAGCCGAGGUCAGAGAAAAAUGGGGAGGGCUUCGCACCCGAGACUUAUUUGUUAUUUGUAUAAGUUGGAUGCCAUCCACACCAUAUGAAA